CUCAUCAAAACCAUUAUUUAAAGAAACGGCGCCAUGAGGAUUUAUUGCAUGACAAACGAAGUUUCCGGAGUGAGAACAAUCCAUAAUGACUUUAUCCAAGACCAGGACGUUCGUCGCUGCUGUGGUCGGUAUACUUUCUACAGCUCCUUCUGCCGAUGCUAUCACCAAUGGAGUUGGUAAACUGCCUGUGAUGGGUUACAAUGCUUGGAACGCCUUUGCGUGCAACGUCAAUGAGACACUCGUCGUCCAGACUGCGAAGUACAUGAAGGAGUAUGGCCUUUUGGAUGUUGGCUAUAAUCACGUUAACCUUGACGAUUGUUGGGCUAUGAAGAACCGUAGCUCUACUGGCGAGGUCAUGUCGGAUAAUAUCAGAUUCCCAAGCAUGAACACGCUCACAGAUCAGCUUCAUGCUCUUGGUUUGUACGCAGGCAUUUAUUCUGACUCUGGCUGGUUUACCUGCGCUGGGUAUCCUGGCUCCUUUAUGCACGAGGAACAGGAUGCGAUGACUUUUCAAUCCUGGGGUUUCGAUUUCCUCAAAUAUGACAACUGCGCCAUUCCAUUUGAUGAUAUCAUCCGGGAGGGCAUGAUCGGAAAGUACCAGCGCAUGGCAGAUGCUCUCGCUGCGGUAGCGGAGAAAACUGGCACUACCCUCAUAUUCAGUCUGUGUGAGUGGGGCUGGAGUCAGGUCUGGCUGUGGGGUGCCCAGAUUUCUCACAGUUGGAGAAUUGAUAGUGAUAUUGGGCCUCAAUGGAACUCGAUUUCUAGUAUCAUCAACUCCGCGUCGUUCAUUACUCAAGCUACUAAUCACUAUGGACACAAUGAUCUCGACAUGCUCGAAAUAGGGAAUGGAGACCUCACGUACGACGAAGCAAAGACCCACUUUACUGCAUGGGCUCUUGUCAAGGCCCCCCUGCUCAUUGGCACCAAUCUCGCUACCAUAAGUCAGGAAAUGCUCAGUAUCCUGAAGAAUCAAGAGAUCAUCGCAGUCAACCAGGACCCCAUCUAUGGCACUAGCAUCUCGCCCUUCCGCUGGGGCAUCAAUCCUGACUGGACCUACAAUGUAACAUACCCUGCUCAAUACUGGAGCGGUCCCAGUGAGAAUGGAACGGUUUUCAUGCUUAUCAAUACUUUGAGCGAACCGGCUAACAUGUUUUUCAACCUCACCGAAUCUCCUUGGAUUCGCGCUGGCAUCCAGUAUUCCGUCCGGGAUUUGUGGACGCACACUGACAACGGCACCGCUCGCAUGGCUGUAGUGGCACUGCUGCUCAAGGAAGAUGGGAAUGAACCCGCUGGGUUGGUGCCACCCUGUGCUGGCGAGGCUCUUUCACAAUGCACUGCUGAGAAUGGGACGAGUUAUUCAUGA